AUGUUUACAAUAUGGUUAGAUAAUGAGGACAACGUCUAUUUACUCACUGAAUCAGCCGAAACUCGUAAGCAAAGCCAGUCUCCGUUCAUUCAUCGUCUACUCGAGUUUGCCAGCCGACAUCCUCAACAGAUGGCAGCAGCGAAGCGCCAUUUCGACCCUUUGGCCGGACAUGUUGGUCUGAGAGCAGAGGACUGGGAUCCGGGCCGUAAUGAGCCCCCUCCUCAGGUCUCGCAUCGCAGUCUGGACUCCGCAGAGGACGCUGGGAUCUGGCAAGCAGACAGCUCUAGCUACACUGGACUUGGACUCACUGGUUUCCAGGGUGAAACCCUUGAGACAGAGUUUGGCAGUCAACUGCGCGAGCAUUUGGCCACGUUUGGCGCAGAUCCAGGACUGCUGGCGACGUUGAUGGAUAAUAUUCCUUGCCGUUCAGCCCGGCGACUGGCCGCUAGGUGUCGCGAUAUGGCAGAAGUGGAGUCUGGCCCUGCGUGGAACGACUGCACAGCGAUGCCGGCCGACGGUCUCCAGACGAGUGGCAGCUUUGACUCGAAGGCGGCCACCCUUGGGAGCGGAAAUGGCGUAUACACGAGUACAUUCCGGGUAGUGAUGAUAUAUCUCUCCUGGUUACAGGAGUACUAUCGAGACCGAGUACUGCGGGCUAGAAGGAGGGGCGAGCUGAACCGAUGA